AAAACAUUCGCUUCGUUCCUCUCGCUUUGCGUUGAUGUGUGUGCUUUCUGCUGAUUGAACGAGAAAAUCAUCAACAAAAAAGUUCAUUCAUACGAAUUUUCCGAUCAAAUUUACGUGUCUUCACUGAAACUGGUUCUCGUGUGACCCAGUGCUUCGUCAUCUGCAGUUCUAGAAUAAUAUGUCGAUAACCGACUUCCUCAAAGAUCUCCCCUGCCACAAUGAGGAAAACUUCUCGCUAUUCAACACAGAGAAUGGCGUGAAGACAUCCUCCAAGCGACCAUCGGUGUACAUCCCGACCGUCGACAUUCCCUCGGAGCAAGUGAUAGUUACCGAAAAGAAGAAUAUUCUACUUCGCUAUCUGCAUCAACAGUGGGACAAAAAGAACGCACCCAAAAAGCGAGAGCACGGAACCGACGCCUCCAAUGACACUCUGCGCAAGCGACCCCGCCUGGAACCCAGAGAAAACAACAACACGUAAAUUUAUUGUCCCGCCCGUGUCAUUAUCGUUGCUGCCAGUGAAGAGUAGUCAGAACAAAAUCAAUGCCACACAUUUAACAAAAAGAUCAGCACAUCUAUCUCAUUAAGAUCCAUCAUCUUCGACCAACCGACCUGAGGACGACGAACAAGCGCAUUCCGACUAGAGAUACCGGAUCGUACUAAUAAUCUAGGAACAAUGAUCGACGGGAUGCGCUCUGCUCCGUUUCAUCUGCGGUUGAUUGAGGGUUGGCAUUUUCAAGAAAUUAGAACUACAAAUAAUACCUCCAAAUCGACGUGGUCCUCUUUUCGGAGUUUUGAUGAUUUUCUUUCUGAAAUAACGUUUUUUUUUAUUGCUCGUCGAAUGGAAGCAGCAGAAUUAUCUAGAUGAAUGAAAAUUAGUUCAUAAGUUGUCUUCUAUGUCAUUUCUUGCAGGUUUGCAGUUUUGUUACUGAAGGAAGUUGUGCAAAAUAUAACUCUAUCCAAUCUUGUGUAAAAUAAAUGGUAAACUUUCUUCUUGCAA